UUUGAUUGGACGACUGUAGUUUGUUUCAGACAUGGCCGAACCAUCAGGAGAAGGACCGCAAGGUGGACCAUAUUUUCGGAAAGAAAGACAGAAAUGCAGCCCGGAAGAGGAGGCUAAACUGGAGAGGCAGCAUUUCUGGAGAAUAAUUAAUGCUUUUCGGUUUUACAGGGUCCAUGUCCAGGAGCAGGUCAGGCGUGCUGAGCGUCAGUAUCGGAGCCUUUCACAGCGGCAUCAGAAUUUGUUGCCUGGUGUUUUGUCCAACCUGACUUGCAUCAGCCAGUGUGCAGACCACAACCAGGAGGUGCUGCAGGCCAUCAUUCACAACAGUCUCCACAUGUUUGAGAACAUGGAAUAUGGUGAGAGGGAGGAUCCAAGAAAAGCGUGUCAAUCCUCUACAUUUGACAUGGACAAACUUAAGUCCACUAUAAAGCAGUUCGUCAGAGACUGGAGUGAAGCGGGCCGGGGCGAAAGAGAGUCCUGCUACAAGCCAAUCAUCCUGGAGAUCCAAAGACUUUUUCCAUGUGACCAAUAUGAUGUGUCUAAGGUGAGCGUGCUGGUUCCGGGUGCUGGGCUCGGCCGUCUAGCCUGGGAGGUAGCUCGGCUGGGUUAUACAUGCCAGGGCAACGAAUGGAGCUUCUUCAUGCUCUUCUCUUCAAACUUUGUGCUCAAUAGGUGUGAAAAGGUGAACGCUCUGACCCUGUACCCCUGGAUCCACCAGUUUAGCAACAACAAGAAAUCCUCCGACCAAACACGACCAAUCAGAUUCCCGGAUGUCAACCCUCAAAGUUUGCCACUAACUUCGGACUUCUCCAUGGUAGCAGGAGACUUUGUGGAGGUCUACAGUGACCCAGAGUCCUGGGACUGUGUGGCUACCUGCUUUUUUAUUGACACAGCUCAUAAUGUAAUAGAGUACGUGGAAACCAUCUGGAAGAUUCUUAAGCCUGGUGGAGUGUGGAUCAACCUGGGCCCACUGCUGUAUCACUUUGAGAACAUUGCCAACGAAUUCUCUGUCGAACUUAGCUAUGAAGACAUUAGAGCAGCGAUGGUUAAAUUGGGCUUCCACAUUGAGGUGGAGAGGGAGUCUGUACAGACCACCUACACAGAGAAUGACCGGUCCAUGCUGAGAUAUGUAUACGAUUGUGUCUUCUUUGUGGCACGAAAGCCUGCAGAGCUGUAUUUUAAUUGUCAAGAGGACGAUGGAGAACAAGGUUCCCCACCGGCUGCUAAAUCACCGCGGCGAGAUGGUACCGACAGCCUCACGUGACAAGAAAUUCUUUGACAAAAGCAGUGAACCCAGAGGAGCACAACCAUUGACUAAGACGAGAUCAGAUUGACAGACUGAAAAGGAGAAAAAGAAGAAAUUAAGUGGACAUACUUUUCUUUUUUUUUGUCAAAUAUAUUUUUUUAUGAUGUGUCUUUUGGAAACAUGUGCCGAACUCUGAAGGCCCUGUUUUUUUGUGGGACAGGCGAAUCACCUGAAUAUGGCUCAAAAUGUAGAAUGUAAUAUGAAGUAUUGCAGUACUAUGUUAGCUAUAACAUCAGAACAAACUGUCUAAGUACUUAACUCCUCUUGAUCCCUGGGUUUACGAUGAAUCUGUUACCACUGGCUACUAUUUUAUUUUAGUGGUUUGUGUGUCAGCUACAUGCCAUAAAGAGUAUAUUUCUUUUAAUUAUGGAAGCCUACAGUCUUACCCAUUCUUAUCCACUGCCUGACAGUUUGUGUGUGUGUGUGUGUAUGUGUGCGCGCGUGUGUGAUUGGAGAAUGCAAUGUGCAUGUUUGCUCUUGAAAUUAUUUAUUUUUUCAAAUAUGGUGCCACUAACUACAUCUUAUUAUUGCAUCAGUCACCUUUCAGCUUUUCAGGAAUAAGUUGUUUUAAAGUUGGAAAUAAUGAUCAUGUACUUAACUGGUUUCUAAUCACACUUUGGAAUAAAGCCAAACAUUUUAAAAAA